CCUGUCUUUAUUUCAAUGUAGAUCUUCAAACGGAGAAAUGAAAAAAGGGUUUCAAAAACCAAAAUCGAACCGUUAUUUGAAUUUGGUUUAGUCGUUUUUCGUUUUUAGAUUCAGAAACCAAAAACGGAAGAACGGCUCUUUUUUUAGCGUUUUUUUUAAACGACAAACGAAAAACGUGUGGUUUCUCGUUAUUUUGUUUUUUGGUUUAAACGAAAAAACAAACUAUCAAAACGUACACGGACCCUUCAAAUGGAAAAGUACGAAAUAAAACUCGCGCAUCACUUUCAGUUCACACAUAUAGAGUGAAAGUGAUUGAGACCUUCAGUGAAGCUCCUCCUACAACAAUCCACCAAUAAAUGCUGGAGUCAAACACACAGAGAAAUCACUCCAUGUGUGACAACUGAAAUCUUCAUGACAUAAUGUUGAUGCUGGUGAAAGAGGAGCUUGAGAAGAUGACAGAUCCACAACCAUGCAGAAUAAAGGAUGAAGAUACUGAGGAACAAAUAGAUAUGAUGGAAGUGAAAGAGGAGAGUCAAGCUGAAGUGGAUGAGAAACAUCAGAUUGUAAAAAGCAACCAUACUGUUUCACAGAAAGAAACUCUGAAGACAGAAGACAUAAAGUCUGAAAAUAGUUCCAGUGAAGAUGAACGCCCUGAAGAUCACAACAAGACUCACAGUGAGGAGAAACCUUUCACAUGUCAACAGUGUGGAAAUAGUUUCAGAAGAAAAACUCACCUUAACGUACACAUGAUGAUUCACACCGGAGAGAAACCAUUCACGUGCCAUCACUGUAAAAAGAGUUUUACAACUGCAUCUAACCUUAAGAAACAUUUGAGAAUUCACACUGGAGAGAAACCUUACACUUGUCAAGAGUGUGGAAAGAGUUUCACCUUUCAAACAAGCCUUAAAGUACACAUGAGGAUUCACACCGGAGAGAAACCACAUCUGUGCCAUCACUGUGAAAAGAGUUUUAGAACAGCAAGUAAACUUAAGACACACAUGAUGACUCACACUGGAGAGAAACCUUACACUUGUCAACAGUGUGGAAAGAGUUUCUCUAUUGAAAGAGACCUUAAGAUACACGCAAGAAUUCACACUGGAGAGAAACCGUUCACAUGCCAUGAGUGUGAAAAAUGUUUCAGAAGGAAGAGUAUCCUUACAGCACACAUGACAAUUCACAAAGGAGAGAAACCAUAUGCGUGUUUUCAGUGUGAAUGGUGUUUCAGUAUGGAGUGUCAACUUAAGAGACACAUGAUGAUUCACAGCGAAAAGAAACCUCACGCAUGUCUUCAGUGUGAAAAGAGUUUCAUACAAAAACGUGGACUUGAGGCUCACAUGAGAAGUCACACUGGAGAGAAACCUUACAUAUGCUCUCAGUGUGAAAAGAGUUUCAGUUUAAAGUUUCACCUUAAGAGACACAUGAUGAUUCACAGUGAAAAGAAACCUCAUGCAUGUCUUCAGUGUGAAAAGAGUUUCAUAGAAAAACGUGGACUUGUUAUUCACAUGAGAAGUCACACUGGAGAGAAACCUUACAUAUGUCUUCAGUGUGAAAAGAGUUUUACAAGUGAAGGUAAUCUUAAGACACAUGUGAGAAUUCACACUCGAUAGAAACCAUUCAUGUGUCAACAGUGUGGAUAUGAAAUCCGCUUAUUAAAGGUGCAGUGUGUAAAUUUUAUUGGCAUCUAGUGGUGAGGUUGCGAAUUGCAACCAAUGGCGUAGUCCACUGCUCACCCCUCGCUUUUAAAAACACAUAGAGAAGCUACGGUAGCUGCCACCGGACAAACAUGUCAUUGUCGAAGACAACUAAGUAAAAAAAUUGUCCGUUAAGGGCUUCUGUAGAAAAAUGGUGGCACAAAAUGGCGACUUCCAUGUAAGGGGACCCUCUUUGUAUGUAGAUAAAAAGGUCUCGUUCUAAGGUAAUAAACACAUAACGGUUCAUUAUGAAAGGUCUUUGAUAAUAUAGUUUUGUAUAUUAUUUUGCAUUUCUGUCAAGAGAUCCUUCUAAAAAUUACACACUGCACCUUUAAUGAAAAUUAACGAUUUGCGUACGAUUCUUACUAAAAAUCUAAAUUCGCACAAAAGCCAAAAAUGGCGUACAGCAAAAAAGAUUCGGGCCGUUCCUCAAUAUGCGUUCCUGUCUGUACUUGUGUUCUUGUGAAACGUCAUCAGUCACGGCUCAAGUACUGUUCCAAUUCCAAGUUCCAAGUCUGUUAUUUGUUAUUUUAAAUGUUUCAUAACUUAAAUCACAUUUAUUUUCUAUAUAAUCUUAACACUGAAUUAGCUUUUGUAUAGAUUUUUUUCUUGUGUUUACUUUGUGAAUGUUGUAGAAAAGUUUGGUUCUUUUCAAAUGAAUGGUUGUUUUAUACCAUAUUUUUGAAGCUAGUCAGCCUAUGUGGAGAUGCAGAUUUCAUUUUCCAACAGGACCUGCACACAGUGCCAAAGCUACCAGUACCUGCUCAUACUUUUCAUGUUCAUACUUUUCAGUUGGCCAAGAUUUCUAAAAAUCCUUUCUUUCUUUUGGUCUUAAGUAAUAUUCUAUUUUUCUGAGAUACUGAAUUUUGGAUUUUUCUUAGUUGUCAGUUAUAAUCAUCAAAAUGAAAGAAAUAAACAUUUAAAAAUAUAUUAGUCUGUGUGUAAUGAAUUAAUAUAAUAUACAA